CGGUUCGUCUCGGUUAUUUUAGGAAAAGAAAACAAAAUUAGAGAGCAAACACGAUUGGUCAAAGUCAACUCUUCUCUACCUUCCUCACUUCCCAGCUUCACUGAUCAUCGCCAAUCACAAAACCAACUACACACAUUCAUCAUCAUUUCGAUUAUAUUUUACCCGACCAUGACCGGAGCUAGCCGUCGGAGCGCGCGUGGUCGAAUCAAAUCAUCAUCAUUAUCUCCCGGCUCCGAUGAAGGAAGCGCUUAUCCUCCGAGUAUCCGCCGCGGCAAAGGCAAGGAACUUGUAUCGAUCGGUGCUUUCAAGACGAAUCUCAAGAUAUUGGUUGGGUUAAUCAUAUUAGGGAUUAUAGUAAUCUACUUCGUAAUCAAUCGGCUAGUUCGUCACGGGUUGUUGUUUGAUGAGUCCCAGAAGCCUAGGGUUAUCACUCCUUUUCCUGCUCCGAAAGUCAUGGAUUUGUCAAUGUUUCAGGGCGAGCACAAAGAGAGCUUAUACUGGGGAACUUAUCGUCCUCAUGUUUAUUUUGGAGUUCGAGCUAGAACUCCAUUGUCCUUGGUAGCUGGCUUGAUGUGGCUUGGUGUCAAAGAUGAGAUGUAUGUUAUGCGGCAUUUCUGUGAAAACUCUGAUGAUUUAAGUACAUUUGGCUGGAGAGAACAUAAUGGACGGGAUUAUGGUCGGCAAGAGCUGGUUGAAAACGAUAUGGUAAUAGAGACGAGUUUUGUGAAGUCCAAGGGAGACGGCCUUGGUUAUGGUGGGGAUUGGGCAGUUCGGAUUGAUGUAAAAAAUAAAGGGUUGAAUGAUGAUGUGAAGAGAAGUGCACAUCUCUUCUUUUAUUUAGCUGAUGAAGGUGGCAAUGUUUUAAAUUUAGGCCAAGAUGGUUUAGAUUUCCAAGGGAGCUCUCUCCUGGUUUCGGGGUCACGUGAAGAUGUAGGAGACUGGCAGAUACACUUAAAAUCACAGAAUCAGCUCGAGACACAUUAUUCCGGUUUCAAGACGCCUCACAUAUAUAAUUUGUCUGAUCUAGUUCAGCAAAAUCUUGCUCUGCAGGCAAGGAAGUUUGGACGACUUCAGCUCUCUGACACAUCAGAGGAUUCUUCUAACAUUUACAUCUUUCAGAUUUCUGGGAGGCUACCAUUUACGAUUGAUAUUCCCUUCAUCUCCGGGAUCAAAGGAGAAAGUUCAAAUGUGGAAAAGCGUUUAACAAGUCUCACAGGUUUGCCACUCUCUGAUCUACUUAAAAAGAAACAUCAAGAAUUUGAUGCAAAGUUUAAUGAAUGCUUCAAGCUUUCUGAAAAGCAUGAUUCAGAAACAUUGGGGGUUGGAAGGACUGCAAUUGCAAACAUGCUUGGGGGCAUUGGUUACUUCUAUGGCCAAUCAAAAAUUUAUGUUCCUAAAAGCACUCAGCCUGGAAGUCGGGAUAAUUUCUUGCUGUAUUGGCCAGCCGAGCUGUACACAGCUGUUCCAAGCCGACCUUUUUUUCCUAGGGGGUUUUUGUGGGACGAAGGUUUCCAUCAAUUGUUGAUCUGGCGGUGGGAUAUUCGUAUAACCUUGGAUAUCGUUGGACACUGGUUAGACCUAUUGAACAUAGAUGGAUGGAUUCCACGUGAGCAAAUUUUGGGUGCUGAAGCUUUGAGUAAGGUUCCAGAGGAAUUCGUAGUUCAAUACCCGAGUAAUGGCAAUCCACCAACUCUGUUUUUGGUGAUACGUGAUCUGAUUGAUGCUAUAAGGAUGGAAAAGUUUGUCGCAUCAGAAAAGGAUGAAGUAUUGUCAUUCCUUGAGCGAGCUUCUGUACGCUUAGAUGCUUGGUUUCAGUGGUUUAAUACUUCCCAGAAAGGCAAGGAGAUCGGAAGCUACUUUUGGCAUGGCAGAGACAACACAACAACUCAAGAACUUAACCCUAAGACGCUUUCGUCGGGGCUGGAUGAUUAUCCCCGGGCUUCGCACCCUAGUGAAGAUGAGCGACAUGUUGAUCUUAGAUGCUGGAUGUACCUUGCUGCAGAUUGCAUGCAUUCCAUCACAGAGCUUUUAGGAAAAGAAGACAAACUUUCAAAGGAGAAUUACAAUUCAACUGUCAAGCUGCUUUCAAAUUUCAAUCUUCUGAAUCAGAUGCACUAUGAUAGUGACUAUGGGGCUUACUUUGACUUUGGCAAUCAUACAGAAAAAGUUAAGUUGAUAUGGAAAGAGGUAAUUCAAGAAAAUGGUCAAUUAUCUCGACAACUUGUAAGGAAGACUUUUGGGAAGCCAAAGCUAAAAUUGGUUCCUCACUUGGGUUACGUCAGCUUCUUUCCCUUCAUGUCUAGAAUCAUCCCACCUGAUUCUCCAAUUCUCGAGAAACAGCUCGAUCUCAUUUCAAAUAGGAGCAUCUUAUGGAGUGACUAUGGACUAGUUUCGCUUGCCAAAACCAGUUCUAUGUAUAUGAAACGUAACACUGAGCAUGAUGCACCAUACUGGAGAGGUCCUAUAUGGAUGAACAUGAACUACAUGAUUCUUUCUUCUCUUUACCAUUACUCUAUAGUGGAUGGACCGUAUAGAGAAAAGUCGAAAGCAAUUUACACGGAACUAAGGAGCAAUUUGAUAAGGAACGUGGUUAGAAACUAUUACGAGACGGGGUACAUCUGGGAACAAUAUGAUCAAGUUAAGGGAACAGGCAAAGGCACGCGUCUCUUCACCGGCUGGUCUGCGCUUACCUUGUUAAUUAUGUCAGAAGAUUAUCCUAUUUUUUAGAUUAGAACCUCUUCGGGAACGAAACUUUAAAUUACCAACACAUUUGAGUUAGAAGAUCAGUUUUGAUGUAGGGUUUUAUUAUUUUCUCAUGGUGGUUAUAUUAUAGUGUUACAGAGUUAACUUUGGUCGAGGUAUAUGCCCCAGAUUUUGUUACGUUAAGCCCAAAUUACGAUAAAUUGUUGGAAAAGAUAUACCGGAAGCUCUAGCUUCUCUGCACAUCCCU